AUGGCACAGAAAACUAGUCUUUAUCUGUAAUAGAUCUAUUUGCCUUAAUUUUUCUUUAUAUAAGCUAAAUUUUUUCUAAUGGAUUUUUUCAGGAAUAAGGCAAAAAAUUUUUACGAGAAAAUGCCUUUUUUAAUAAAAAAAAAUUAUGAGCCUAUUUAUCUUAAAGAGAAAGUACCAGCAAGUAUAGGGAAUGAGCUUAGCACCGCUUAUAGUGAAUUCAUGAUGAUCCAAAAUAACAUAGGAGAACUUUUCCCUGAGCUAGUUAAUGAGACGGAAGAGUUUAAAAGCUAUAAUCACGCGGUCAAUACUUUGAUACUUCAAAACAACAAUUUUGCGAAGAAAAUUCAGGAAUAUCAUGCGUGGCUGACAGGGAAUAAAAUUGGAGGCAUUUUUUUGAGGCUGCAAAAAGAAAAUGAAAUACUGCAAAAUAAGUAUUUAUUAUUAAACAAAAUAAUUAGAGACAAUUAA